CAGGUGGUAGAGUCACAAAGAAAACAAGAGGAUGGAAGAAAAUAAAAGAGAGGAUGGAUUAGUGGCCAUGGCAGCCUGCUACCAGAGAUUUGAUCCUGCAGCGUAUCUACAGUACAACUACACUCCUCCACGAGCUGACUUCGAAAGAAAGGACAGCAUUGUGCCGUGGAAACUGGCAUGCUUGCAUAGAGCUUUCAAUGAAGGCGAUGUGACUGGUGAGCUGCUGGUGGACGUAGGGUCAGGCCCCACUCUGUACCAGGUGUUGAGUGGCUGUGAGGUUUUCAACAAAGUGCUCCUCACAGACUUCCUAGAGGUCAACAGACAGGAGCUGAGGCACUGGCUCCAGGAUGAGGGAUGCAACCUGGACUGGACACCCUACCUGCAGCACGUCUGCAAGCUGGAGGGACGACGGCCCUCAGCGUGGACAGAGAAAGCUGCAAAGCUACGUGAGGUCAUCACCGACAUUCUUCCGAUUGACGUGCAUCGCCCACAGCCUAUGGCCCUUGAUGCCCUUCCUUCAUCAGGGGCCGAUUGCCUCGUGUCCUGCUUCUGUUUGGAGAGCGUCAGCCCUGACCUGGCUGCCUUUACAAGGGCCCUGGGCCACAUAGGGAGGCUUCUGCGGCCUGGUGGCCACCUCCUGCUCAUCGGAGCCCUGGGAGAGAGCUACUAUUUUGGGGGGCCUGGAGUAAAGAUUCCUGUGGUCCCACUGAAUGAGGCUCAAGUGUGUGAAAGUUUGAAGGAGAGUGGCUAUACCCUGAUCAGGCUGGAGGUUUACACACUGCCUCAAGACAUGAGGGUGGGGGUGGAUGAUGUGACCGGGGUGUUUUUUGCAAAGGCAAAGAAAGAUUAAAGAAAAGUAAAGAUUCAAUAUCCAGAUGAAAGUAUUAUAUAUUUAGCCAAGGUAAAUGCAUGGUUUAGCACAGCAAGCGAUUCUUGGUAAUGCUUCAUUUAUUUUUUUUAAACAGUAAUUUUAUGAUUAUUGGUGAUGCUAAUAAUAAAGCCCACACAUAUGUUUAUUUUUUGCUUUGUUUUAGGUGAGUGAUUGCUUUGAUGGUGAUCCUCAGUUAUUUCAAAAUAUUUAAACUGCCUCUCAAGGGGCUACAUUUUAUUCCAUUUUUAUUUUAUUGGUCCAGUAAAUGUCGUUUCUGACGUUGAAUCUGUGACAUUUCCUUUUUGUUGCCAGAGCAGCUCCCUGUGUUGUGAAAUGUAAUUACACAUUGCCUCCUGCAGUUCAAACGCAGCAACUACAGCAUCAAGAAUGUAACAAU